AUGGUCACAUUCCGUGAAGCCAUGUCUGACUCGGACCAGAAGUGGAUCAAGAAGCAAAAUAUAUACUUUGUCAGCACCGCGCCACUGGCCAAGAGUGGCCACGUCAACCUGUCGCCCAAGGGUUACGACGGGCUGCGCAUCCUCGAUAGCAACCGCGUGUUACUGCUCGACGGCCGCGGCAGCGGCUGCGAGACCAUCGCUCAUGUGCGUGAAAACGGCCGUAUCACCGUCAUGCUGUGCGCCUUUGAGGGCAGCCCCCGCAUUGUGCGCCUCUUCAGCACCGGUACCGUUCAUGAGCCCGGAUCGACCGAGUUUUCUUCUCUUUUCGCCGAGCACUACGCGGCCGACUGGGACAACCCAGACAGGAUCAACUUCGUGCGCUCCAUCAUUGAUGUCAAGGUGCAUAUGGUCGCGCAGUCAUGCGGAUAUGGUGACGAGCGCAGGACUCUGACAGACUGCUUCAAGACAAAGCCCGGCGAGGUUGUUGGCAAGAGGUUGCCGCUCAUUAAUUCGCGCAGCAUUGAUGGCAUUCCGAGCCUUCUGAACGGCACAGCCGAUGCCACUCGCGUCGCUGUGUUCAAGCGCAGGUUCAUUAUUGCCGCCCAGUCUGCCGUGCCCUGGGUCGGCGGCGCUGCGCUGGGCGCGGCCAUUGCCUUGGCCGCCGUCAAGAAGGUGUUUGCUUGA